AUCAUAUUAUCUGUUUAAGCGAAUGGACGUUACUAUAUAAACUCAAGAAUUUAAAAUUAUUAAAAAAAACUUGCUUUUAAUUACACCUGACUGGAGGCAUGUUACUUCGACGGGUAUAUAAGCAGCAUAGAUGGGUAACAUCACAUGUGAAGCUAUUAUCAACACAGAAACCCUCGAUAGACCUGAAAGUCGACAGCGAUGGAGUCGCUAUACUUAACUUACAGAGACCUCCUGUUAACAGUUUCAACUUGGACUUUCUCAAAGAAAUGAGCCAUACAUUAGACUUUGUCGAGAAAAAUAAAAUCACAGCCAUGAUAUUAACAUCAGCGUUUCCAAAGGUAUUUUCAGCUGGUUUGGAUAUAAAGGAGAUUUACAAGCCUGAUGCCGUCAGGUUUAAGGAGUUCUGGUCAACUCUUCAAGAAGUCUGGAUGAAAUUGUUCGGUGCGAGUUUCAUAACAGCAGCUGCUAUCAAUGGUCAAUCUCCAGCGGGUGGUUGUCUCAUGGCAAUGAGUUGUGAAUACAGAGUAAUGACGAAAGGUAAUUUUACUAUUGGGAUGAAUGAAACCAGCCUGGGUUUAGUCGCUCCGAGCUGGUUCAUGGAACUCAUAAAAAAUACUAUCAAUCAGAGGGAAGCUGAAUACGCGUUUACCACGUCGAGGAUGUUCACCCCUGAAGAGGCAUUGAAGGUAAGACUUAUAGAUGAGAUCGCCACCGACAAAGAUGACGCCAUUGCUAAAUGUAAGAUAUUCAUAAAAAAGUUCGAUGAGAUAACACCAGCAUCUAGAAUAAACACCAAGAUGAAGCUGAGGGAACCGCUCAUUAAAAAACUUCAAAAUACAAGACAGGAAGAUACGGAGGAAAUUUAUGAAUUGUUCGUACGUCCUGAGACACAAAGAACUCUUCAAAUGUACAUGCAAAAGAUAAAAUGAAUGCAUUAGAUUGAUAUAUUAUUUAAAUUUUUUGAUGGCAACACUGACUGUUCAUGUAAUUUAGAAUAAAACUUACUUUUUCUUUUAAAAUUAUAUCUAGUAUAAAGAAAAAUAAAACAUUCACCAAA